AUGAUGAAGAAAGCGAUGGCGAUGAAGAAGCAGCGAAGGAAGCCAAAUGCGAUGUCUGCUGGUGCUGCAGCCCAUGGUUCAGUGGCGGUAACAACACCAACAACAGCAGCAGCAGCAGCAACAUCAUCAUCAUCACCGUCCCGCGGGGCCGCACAUACGCCUCAUUCCUCGUAUUCUUCCUCUUCGCUUGGUGCAGCAGCUGCAUCUUCUGCCGCCGCAAAUGUAACGCGCGGUCGCAUGAAGAUUAAUCGUGUGGUCCCCAAGAAAAAGUCCCACAAACUCCGUGUCUGUGUCCUCAACAGUAGUUACGAAGGUAGCGGCUCCGCGACGGCGGAACUUGACGACUACCACUGCAGCCCUGCUCACUGGGUAAAGGAUAAGAGGAACUACAGCUUCACGGAAGUCGCCGUGAAGAAAGAUGACUCGUACCGCCAGGUGCGGGAGUUAGUUACAACUGGUAAGUUUGAUGUCUUCUUCAACCUUUGCGAUGGUGGGAAGGAUGAGAAGCGUGCUGGUGUUGAUGUAGUGGAGGCGUUGGAGGAGCAGAAUGCCGCUUUCACUGGAACAGACUCGCACAGCUUUGAGCCAAGCAAGAUUGAUAUGAAGCUCCUGGUAGGCGCCGCUGGUGUUUGCACACCCAACUUUGUGCUUCUGGAGGGUGUGGAGGGUUUGGCAAAGAAGUGCCGCCACUUGCGGUUCCCUGUCAUUGUGAAGCACCUUUCAGGGUACGCCUCGGUUGGCAUCCACAAGGACAACCGCUGCGAUAACUUGGAGGAGCUCCAGGUGAAGGUGAAGUCGUUCCUGAAGGAGUUCAAUCACGCCCUCGUGGAGGAGUUCAUCCGUGGUCGCGAAGGCACCGUUCUCACCUGCGCCGACAGCAGUAGCCAGUUUGGUGUAAAGGUCUUUAAGCCGCUUAUGUUCAAGUUCCUCCAGAAUGACGAUGACUUUGCGUACUUUGACAAAAAGUGGUCGAUGGAGUGCAACGACAACGCCUACGGCUUCCUGCCGCAGAACGACCCCGCCUACCCGCAAAUUGUCGACAUGGCCCGCAAUGCGUUCCGCCACAUCAUGAGCGGUGUUGGCUACGGCCGCGUCGACUUCCGCAUCGACCCAAAAGGGGAUGUGUACUUCCUUGAAAUCAACCCCAACUGUGGCAUGUGGUACGCUGAGCAGGACGGCGGCGACUUCGCCGAUGUGAUGGUGCAGGGCGAUAAGUCGUGGGAUCACGACCGCUUCAUACGAAACGCCGUGCUGCGCGCGAUGCGGGAGCAGGUGGCGCGGCGGCCGUGGUACUUCAUCAGCCACGAUUCCAAGGGCAACUUCUCCACACGCGCGAGCAAGACAGUUCGGACGGGUAAAAGUCUCUUCAGCGACGCCGCGCACCCGGUACCGGUCGUCGCGCAGGCGCUCUACAAGCUUGGUGAGGAGGACCCCACUGUUGGUUGCGUCAUCCUACGUGGCGACCGCCUGCAUCAGGCGGUGGCGAUUCGUCACUCGUGCGAACCCAACAUGCAGUUCAUGCAGGGACGCACUCUUUCACUCGUCGCAAAACGCAAGAUUAACGUUGGGGAGGAGCUGACCGUCGACUACGCGACGCUGUGUGAUGAGAACAUGCCGCCAUUUGCGUGCAGCUGUGGGACAAGUAACUGCCGCAGCGUCAUAUUUCCCUCACCCCCCACACCACGCACGCUGGAAGGAAAGAACUUGCGGCGCAUGCUGCGGGAGAAGAAGCGGGCGUGGUACAAGGAGAAGGAGGACCGCGAGGCAGAGCGUAUGUUGAAGAAGCGCGCGUCGAAGGGCAAGGGUGGCGCCGCGUCCACGUCCACGGCAUCACCUGCAGCCGGACCGUCCACCUCCACUAGCGGUGGGAGCGGCCCAGCUUCUAGCAGUGGCGGAGGCAACAGCAGCAGCAGCAGCAGCAGCAGUGGUGCUUCGGCGAAUGGCGAUGGUGCCACGAGAGGCACAAUGUCCAAGAAGCAAUAA